AUGCUAAUCCAAGACUGCCGCCUUCUCUGGCGUUUCAUCAUCCAGAUCUACGAAUGCGGAACCAAGCUAGGGAAGUUAGAGGGAGAGGCGCAGCUGCAGGAGGCCAAGAAAGAUUUGAUCGAGAUCUUGAAGCUCCUGGAGGCGGAGCUGGGCGACAAGAAAUACUUAGGCGGCGACACCUUUGGCUUGGUCGACAUUGCACUGGUCCCCUUCUACUCCUGGUUCUACUCCUACGAGAACUUCGGCGGCUUCACCAUCGAAGCGGAGGCGCCGAAGUUGGUGGCUACGCUGCAGGGAGAGGGAGAGCGUUGGAAAGAAUCUCCUCCACCCGCACAAAGUCUACGAGGUCCUCUGUCACGUGUGGAAGAAGCAUGCAGCCGAGUGAGGAAUAUUCGUUCUAUUUGGAUUGGAGCAAUCUGGUAUCGUAUUCGCUCCGCGUGCCGGCUCGGUUGCAUGCAGCAGCACCGGCUGCGUUGGUUUGCCUCUUCUCUUUUCAGAAAAUAA